CUCGGCUCCACCUCAGUUUUUAACCAUUUAGUAUUAACUACUAUACAGGUUGAAUGUGCAAAUCUUACACAGAUUCAAUCAUCUAAAGAUUUUAUAAAGUUUAACCUACCCUAUUCAAAUCCUCUGUGAAACCUUGCUACUUUUACGCGACGGUUUAACUUUUUUUAUGUUUCUUGUUUAUCCUUAAAGCUGAUUGGCCUCAAAAAGAGCCACAUUUACCCUGAAUCUUUCAAAUAAGAUUGUGCUGAAUUUUAACUGUAUUUUGUAACUGACUAUCUCAAUUAAGGAUUGUGCAUCAAGUAUGGAUUUAACAGAAACUGAUGACCAAAUAACAAUAGUGAAUCGAUCAAAGGAACAUCGAAUCAGUAAAAAGCUAAUUCUUGAAAUACCUUAUUUUAAAAAGAUUUUACGCUAUGGUUCAAGAGGUCAAAGGAAAAAAAGGUUGAACUGGAUUUUGAUGAACAAACAUUUGAAACAUUUCUGGAUUGGCUUGAACUCGGUUAUAUCUUCAUCGAGAUGAAAAACGUGAUAAAUAUGUUGUGUAUGCUUAAAAAUUUUGAAAUUUUAUACCUAAACAAAUUUGAACUUUACUCUAAAACUUAUUUUCAUAAUAAUUUUAAAACUGAACAUCUUCCAAUUGUUUUACCUCAAGUGACUUCAACAUCUAAACUGAUCAAUUCUGGUGCUUUAAAUGCCUUCUUAUGUCGCCAUUUCUCAAAAAUAGCAAACACAACUGUUUGGUUGGAUUAUCCUGUUGAAAUAAUCAAAUACAUUUGUAACUUGGAAGUGAUGAUUCAUUCUGACAAUAUCAAGUAUUCGAGACAAUCAUGAAAUGGGUCAAUUUCAAGGCUGAUAGAAAGUGUCACCUUGAAAGAUUGCUAAAUUCAGUCCGAUGGUGCCAUUUGGAAGCUACAGAUUUGACUUUAACUGAGGAAAAUGAAUUUGUUAAGUCUUCAGGCUUCAAACCAAUAAUUUGCUCCUCAAGAAAUCUCAAUUGUGAUUGUGGCCGCAACCGAACUGAUCAAAAUUAUUUCAUCAUGAUUGAGAAAUUGGGUGAUGAAGUCUUGCGAAUAAAAGUAUUUGACAGUAAGCUUCAGCUAUUGUUCACUCGCAUAAUGAAACCUGAUUCAUUGCCUUCAUUUAUUUUGCCCGACAAGCAUAUUACUGAUAUAUUUUUUCAUUUCGGAGAGAUUAUUCGAGUUGAUUGGUAUCGGAAUAGAUACAAAUUCCUUUCACAGUAUUCUUAUGCUGAAAAAACUUUCAAGUGUAUUUAUGAAAAGGACGGGCAUAAAAUGGAAAAUUAUUGCGAUUGGAAUGGAUUCCUUGAAGCCAAUGAAAGAUGUAUUUUGAUUAAUUUAAGUUCGCAAUCGGUGCGGUAUUGGCCUAAACACACUGCCCAAGAUACUAAAAUUUUUUCCGAUAAAUGGCAUCAAGCUUUCCUCGCAACCGUUCUGGAUAAUAAUAUUUACCUGUUGACUAAAAACCUUGAAUUUAUCCAGUUUGAGUUCUAUUUUCAAAAAUGGUUGGUUCUAGAUACACAUAUCGAUAGAUCGACAUAUAGAUACGGAGAAACCUCUGACCAUUUCAUUCUUACCUCCAAACAAUCUAAUGAUGAUAAAGUUAUUUUAAUUGAUACGAAUGAAAGAGAUGCUCGAUGUUUUAACGUCAAUUCUAAAGAAUGGAGUUCAAUUAAUCAUAUAAUUUAUCCUAGAUUUUACUCUAAUGCUGGAAUAAAGGAAUUUAGUGAACUUUUCACUUUCACCUCAGGAUUUCUAUCGAUGGACAUUAUAAGACUUUGUACGCCUCAUUAAGACCAAGGUACAUGUUGUAUCUUUUAAGUCACUUAAUCAUGGAAGCACUGGACUCAUUCAAUAUUACAUAUACAAGUUUUAAAUUUUUACUAAAUUUUUUCUCCAUUUUACUAUGUAUCUUUUAAUUUAAA